UUCAAGAUGGCGGCCCCCAUGGUGCGGUGUGGGAUGCUCCUGGCUCGGAGAAUAGCUACGGUUCACCUUUCCCUGGCAGGUAAAAGAUGCCUACUUUCCGCAGCAUACGUGGACAGCCACCAGUGGGAAGCCAGAGAGAAGGAGCAAUGCCACCUAGCUGAUCUUGCUUCGUUAAUGGACAAAGCAUAUGAAAGGAAGUUGCCUGUUAGUUCUUUGUCAAUAUCUCGGUUUGUGGACAACAUUUCAUCUCGAGAAGAUAUAGAUUCUGCAGAGUACUAUCUUUACAAAUUUCGACACAGUCCCAACUGUUGGUACCUGAGAGACUGGACCAUCCACACCUGGAUUAGACAGUGUCUGAAGUACGGUGCACAGGACAAAGCCUUGUAUACCAUUGUUAAUAAGGUUCAGUAUGGAAUUUUUCCAGAUAACUUUACAUUCAAUUUACUGAUGGAUUAUUUCAUAAAGAAAGAAAAUUACAAAGAUGCUUUAUCUGUGGUUUUUGAGAUCAUGAUGCAAGAAGCCUUUGAAGUGCCGUCCACCCAGUUCCUCUCCCUCUAUGUGUUAUACCGUUGCCUGGCAGAGAAGACAGACCUCACAUGGGAAGAGGAGAGGAACUUUGGUGCAUCCCUGUUGCUUCCAGGCCUAAAACAAAAGAACACAGUGGGCUUGAGUUCCCAACUGUAUGGCUAUGCACUUCUUGGGAAGGUGGAAGUGCAGCGUGGACUGCAGGCUGUGUACCACAACAUGCCUCUGCUAUGGAAACCAGGCUACCUCGACAGAGCCCUUCAAGUGAUGGAGAAGGUGGCCUCCUCCCCUGAAGACCUCAAGCUGUGUAGAGAAGCGCUCAAUGUGCUGGACAGAGUCCUGAAGGUGGUGACAUCUCCAGCAGACCAGCCCCAGGAAAAGACACAGCCCCAGGAAGGUGAAGGUAGCUUGGGCUCAGCAGACGUGGUGGAGCAGCUGGACAUUGAGGAACCAGAACAUUCGAAGCUUCCCCAAUACCUGGAGCGAUUUAAGGCCUCUCAGUCCAAACUGCAGGAGUUGGGCAGGGUUGAGUCAGAAGGUCUUUUGACUCUGACCACCCAGCUUGUGAGAGAGAAACUCCCCGCCUGUGAGGCCGAGGACCUGGCCACUUAUGAGCAGAAACUGCGCGAGUGGCACCUAGAGCGGAUGCAGUUGAUCCAGCGGGAGCAGGAGCAGAGGGAGAGAGCAAAGCAAGCAUACCAGUCGCUGAGUGCAGCGAAGACUGCAGCCUGAAGGCCCCACGCUGGCCUGCCUCAAGGACUGUGUGGGCCACCCCAGCAUUCUGCACUGACAGGAUGGGACUCACACUCUGCUGUCCAGCUUCCCCUUUUUCACAGCAAGCCGUGCACAGCCUGAAAGCCACAGAGUGCUGCUGGCUGUCAGGGCACUGUCUGCCCAGCCAGAUGUCGAGGGCCAAGAAACUAAGAAAGUGGCAAGUGACUGGGCCGAAACCACCAGCUGAAUCUCUACUGGGCUUUCAGGGCUCACAGUGGACUCCUGGGCACAGUGUGAAAAGUUCCCCGUAACCGGUGCGAGUGAUGGAAGAUAAUACAGCUGAGGCUGCAGCGCGGGGUCUGAGUGGCCCAUGCUGCCUGUUCUGAGACCUUGUGUCCCCUGGCUAGUGCAGAUAACCUGGUGAUUGGGCCCUGGGUGCUCAGACAUCCCGCUGGCUCUUCCCCCCCACACUCUGCCCUCCUCUUUUCCCUCUGGGAGAAGCCCAGCUUGGCCUCCAGACCACAGCCUCACUAGGUGUCUGAUUGUAGGAAUCCAUGGUGACCCUUACAGAAUGUGGGGACUUUGGAGAAGAAACUUGGCCCUGGGUGAGGUCCUUGUGGCCCGGCUUCUUCAGCAUAUUAGACUAACUUUUUCCCACACAUUGUCAGAAAUAAAAAAUGAACCUUUGGUAUAUGUGUGUGCGCAUGUGUACACACAGACAACUUUAGGACAAAGCUUUCUAGUAAAGGAUGGGACUUGGAGUGCAUAGGGGUGGAAUCAGUGUGGACUGUCAGAAGGUGGAAGAGUAAUAUUCCUGGGAGCCUUUCUGGGAGAGGGUCAGGGACUUCGCCUGCUGUGUAAUGCUGCCCUUAAUGCAGUGGCGCAUCUGUAUCCAAGGUUGUAUUCUGUCAAAGCCUGUAGAACACCAAAAUAAUCACAGAAAAUUUAUCCUUGGUGAAAAGGAAGGAGAGAGGGGGUCUGGUCCUUAAUUUUGCUGUCUUGAACAGCACAUUUUAGCCCUCAUCCAUCAGGCUAUGACUGUGUAAUAAUAACAGUCAUUACAGUCCUCAGAGACCUGCCGUGAGGUAGCGCCAUUAACCCCAUGCGGUAAGGAAGGAGGUGAAGCUAAGUACCUCCCCUAAGCAGCUGCUGCUGCCCCAACCCACACGGUGUCCCCCAUGUCUGACCUCCAGGGUCCUCCAGGCUAGCAGCACUGACUCGGGUCAUCCCCAGAAGUCAGGGCUGGAUUCUGGUUGAUCAAAGGCAGGGUUUUCUCUGCCGUUCCUUUAUAGAUUCAGGAUAGAUCCAGUGGCAACCAAGGAAUGACUGUUGCUAUUGAAGCAUCUUAUUUAUUUAUUAUUCUUCCCCUGGUCCCCUUAUUGUAGUUCCAGUCCUUGCAGAAGGAAACAUUCCUGUCCCUGAGUCACUGCCCGAGCUGGAGCCCACAAAGUCCCCUUUUUAGAUUCCCUGUGGCUGUGUCCUCAUCCUGGGAACUCUUCGCUCACCUCGCACAGCCGUCUCCUAAACUCUGAUGCCGUCCUGUCUUACUUGACCACUGAGGCUUCUAGCUAUAGUUGUCCUCUGCCCUUCUAUUGGUGUCUCCUGUGCAGUGGAUGUCCCAUCUCAGGCUUCCCUCCUAGCUCAGGCUGGGAGAACCUGGGGCCAGCUAUCCAAGGUCUUGGUUUCGAGGUGCCUGUCUCAGCUUUUAUCUCAUACCAUGGCCCUUGUUGAGCCAGCUUGCUCUGUCCCUCCCACCUGCAGCCCUUUUGUCUGUGCUCUCAACCAAACUUGCUCUGUCCCUCCCACUUGCAGCCCUUUUGUCUGUGCUCUC